ACUCGCUGGCGGGGACGGGGGGAGGGAGGGGCUCCUGCUGCUGCUGCUGUGCGCAUUUAAUUAGUGAAGAAGAAGAAGAAGAAGCGGCAGCAGGACGGGACGGGACCGAGCACCGCCCCCCCUCCACACCGCUCCGGGCUCCGGCUACAGUUGCAGCCAAGUCUCCGGACUCCGGCUCCACGGUCCGAGUCUGAGUCUUCACAGCAGAGGCCGAGUUCAGGCGUCAGAUUCUGGACACUGAGGAUUUAAACAGACCGCUGGACGUCGGUCCUGGUCCCGAAUCUGGAUCUGUGUUGUUCAGUUUUGGGAGUUUCGGUUUGAGGAUUUUGGAUUGUGUGGGUUAAAGCUGAUCCGGGCCCUGGUCUCUGCUGGGCUCUGCUGGUCUCUGCUGGUCCCGCUCAGUGACUGAUGACUGAUUUGGAAAUGUCAGCGCCGCGCGCUCCAUCAUCCCGGCGGGGCCGAGGAGAGUAAGAAAACACCUGUUGGGAAAGUUUCCUGGAGCUUUGACGGAGAAACCCGAGCUGCUAAAACAAGACACCGGAGAGAGCCGAGGGGAGAGAGAGAGAGAGAGAGACAGACAGACAGACAGAGGGGGGGAUGCGGGCUUCGUGCUCGGAGCAGACGCCGUUUCUGAGACGAGGCUCUGGUCUGACGAGCGCUGAUCCUCGCGGACCUCUCUCCGGGCUCCGCGCGGCGUGUCUGCGGUGAGCAUGUUGCCAUGGUGCCCCGGGCUCAGGUGAGCUGGACGGCGGAGCUGCGGUCGGGAUGGCUCGGGAGGACGCGGUGAGGUGUCUGCGCUGUCUGCUGUACGCACUCAACCUGCUGUUCUGGCUGAUGUCAGCGUGUGUGCUGGGAGUGGCAGCCUGGAUCAGAGACUCUCUGAACACCGUCCUGACCCUGACAGCUCACACCAGGUUGGAGGAAGCGGCUGUCCUCACGUAUUCUCCGGCUGUUCAUCCCGUCAUCAUCGCCGUGUGCUGUUUCCUCAUCAUCGUGGCCAUGGUGGGAUACUGCGGCACGCUCAAAUGUAACCUGCUGCUGCUGUCCUGGUAUUUCGGGAGUCUUUUAGUGAUUUUCUGUGUGGAGCUGGCGAGCGCUGUGUGGACCUAUGAUGAGCCGUCAGUGCAGCGCUCUGAUAUGAUCAGUCUGAAGUCUCGGAUGCCAAACUAUGGCCUGCAGCGUUACCAGUGGCUCACACACACCUGGAACAGCUUCCAGACAGAGUUUAAAUGCUGUGGGGUGAUCUACUUCACUGAUUGGCUGGAGAUGACAGAGAUGGAGUGGCCACCUGACUCCUGCUGCUCCAAUCAGUAUCCAGGCUGCGCCCGCCACGCCCACUACCACGACCUGAGUGACCUCCACCAAGAGGGCUGUGGUCCAAAGAUCUACAGUUUCAUCCGGGGGACGAAGCAGCUGCAGGUGUUGCGUUUCCUGGGCGUGUCCAUCGGCGUGGCUCAGAUCCUGGCCAUGGCGCUCACCCUCACGCUGCUCUGGGCUCUUUAUUACGGACGGAAGUCUUCACAUCUGGACUCCACAACGCUGCCGGCGCCGGACGACUCCGUCCCGGUCACGGUGACACAUGGACCCUCGGCUGAAGCUCUGAAGUCAGGCUGCAGCCGCGCUAAUAAAGGCUGUGCUAACAUGGCCGCAGCCUCCAAACCUCAUGAACACCAGUUUGAGAUGGCGCGUCUGUCGUAGCAGCUGAGGACAAACAUCUGGAGUUUUACCCACAGUUUCUGUCAGUUACAACAUUUUACUCACCGUGUUCAUGUCGUCUGUGAACAGGUCAAACAUCAGCAGAUCAGCCAUGACAACACAGGAAAUUAAAUGUUCAAAAAUACACAAACACACAACAAAAAAUGAGAUAAAAAGAGGGAAGUAAACAAAUAAAACAUGUCUGAUAAAUAUUCAGUCUUUAAAACAUUCUAAUCUUCAUGGAAACAGAAUGAAAGAGGACAGAGCAUGGAGCCCUGAGGAACACCACAGGUCUGAGGAGGGUUCACCAGGUUGUUUGAUACACGUGAUGUAAACCAGUCUGAGGCAGCAGCCAUGACACCAACACAUUCAUCAGUGUCAUCCAAUCAAGCAGACGUAUUAGAUUUAAUAACCUGGAUAAACUGGGUUAUGUUCUGUCGUGUUUGUAGAUGUCAGAUUUCACCUCGGUGAGUUCACUGUCGUUAUCACUGACAGAACUACACAAAGACCAGAGUUGGAAUAAACUGGCUUCAUCCUUUAACUGAUUUGCUGCAGAUACACGUCGGCGGAACAAAGAGAAAAACUGUGUGAACUAUAACCUGAGAUGAUGGACGGUGGUUCUCUGGCUGUGGUUCUUCACUGGACUGAAACACUAAAGGAAACAACCACUGUCUGGGGAAAGAGGAAUGUUUCACCACUACAGAAACUGUUGGAAACCUUCUUCAUCCAGACUGGAUAAAAACCUUUUUCAGGACGGGAUGUUGUUGCUGUCGUUGUUGUUGCGUGUCAGGACCCACUGGAAGAUAAACACAUGUUCAUCAGAGAGAUAAACUCUACAUGAGAAACUGUGCAUGGUGUUGAAUAUUUAAUGAUAUUUGUCUCACAUUUAUUGGAGCGUUUGAUCAUUUUCUCACUGGAAUAAAAACUAAACAUUAAAACAGGAUGACACUGA